GCAAGGGUGGGACCCCUGCAGUCGGAGUUCCGUCUGCCUCAUACUGAGGAUUAAGGGGGGUCUGUUGAUUUGGGCUAAUUCUAAUCGGUGCCGGAUUUGUGAAUGUUUUCGGAACUUGUUCUGGGAAGGGAAAGGGGUGUAUGACCCAGCUGGAGCUGUGGGCACUCGAAACAGUCUGAACAGGAUUCUUGUGAUCCAACAAAACGGAGAGCCGGGGGGCCUCCGCGGGGGCUGCGAGGAAGGACAGGAGUGGAGACAGGAGAUCCGAAUCGGGAUCGACAAUAUCGGACUCGGCCCGGGGGAGCAGGGGAACUGCUCGAGAAGCCAGGGGAGAUUGCUAAUGCACCCGCUGCUUACAUCGCGGAUUAUUCUUGUCUUUUCACAUCGACGAAAGGAAAAAAUCGGAAGGCUAUAAGGGAAUACAUCUAUUUCCAGACGUGGAGCUAGCUGGCCGGCUAGCUACCAAAGAACCAACUGAAAAAAACACAUCCAUUGAGCCGAACAAGUCCUGCAAGGUUCGUGAAGUGUACGCUGCAAGAGGGAGAACUUGUGUGCAGGAUCGCCCUUCGCUAACUAGCCACCUGGCCUGCAGACAUGGGCAACGCGCCCACCGCCAAGAAGGGCAGCGACAUGGAAAGCGUGAAGGAGUUUCUUGCAAAAGCCAAAGAAGAUUUCCUGAAGAAAUGGGAAAUCCCUGCACAGAACACUGCGUCUCUGGACCAGUUUGAGCGGUUAAAGACUCUCGGUACCGGCUCCUUCGGCCGGGUCAUGCUGGUCAAGCACAAAGAGUCGGGUCAGCACUACGCCAUGAAGAUCCUCGACAAACAGAAGGUGGUGAAGCUGAAGCAGAUUGAACACACACUGAAUGAGAAGCGAAUCCUGCAGGCAGUCAGCUUCCCUUUUCUUGUCCGAGUGGAGUACUCCUUUAAGGACAACACCAACCUGUACAUGGUGAUGGAGUACGUGCCUGGAGGAGAGAUGUUCUCUCACCUGAGGAGAAUCGGUAGAUUCAGUGAGCCCCACGCUCGCUUCUAUGCCGCCCAAAUUGUGCUGACCUUUGAGUACCUACAUUAUCUGGACCUCAUCUACCGGGACCUGAAGCCAGAGAACCUGCUCAUUGACCAGCAGGGCUACAUACAGGUAACAGAUUUUGGAUUUGCCAAGCGGGUGAAGGGCAGGACCUGGACGCUCUGUGGCACUCCGGAAUACCUGGCGCCAGAGAUCAUCCUCAGCAAGGGUUACAAUAAGGCGGUGGACUGGUGGGCUUUGGGGGUACUGAUUUACGAGAUGGCAGCGGGGUACCCACCUUUCUUUGCUGACCAGCCCAUCCAGAUCUACGAGAAGAUUGUUUCGGGGAAGGUGCGAUUCCCCUCCCACUUCAGCUCGGACCUGAAGGACCUCCUGAGGAACCUGCUGCAGGUGGACCUGACCAAGCGAUUCGGGAACCUGAAGAACGGCGUCAAUGACAUCAAGGGUCACAAGUGGUUCGCCACCACGGACUGGAUCGCCAUCUACCAGAGGAAGGUGGAGGCCCCCUUCAUCCCCAAGUGCAAAGGCCCGGGGGACACCAGCAAUUUUGACGACUACGAGGAAGAGGAAAUCCGGGUCUCCUUCACGGAAAAGUGCGGAAAGGAGUUUGCCGAGUUCUAGACCCACCCGCGGAGCUGCUGGGGGUGGGCGAGACGGACGGACAGGAGGAGGGAGAGAGAGAUGAUGUGGAGGGGGUGUGGGGGUGAAGCUGAGGCACUCUUUCCUAUCUGAUAACAGAACCACCAGCCUGAGACAGACUGAGGGGG